AUUUACGUGUUUCGAUACUUACAAGGGAGGGAGGGAGGGAGCCAUUCACACACGUACACGGUUUUAGGUCUUGGGUAUAGCCCACCCAACGGCACAUGGAAGUGGCAACAAAGAGAGUGUUUCCCUCCAACAACUGUGCUGUGCACACGACUACCCAGUCGGAAUAAAGAGUCAAUAAUAAUGUAUGAUUUCUGAUAUGGAUUUUGUUUGUGGGGGCUCCUCUCUGUGAAUGCCUUCUCUCCCUUCCCUUCUCUCUCUCAUAAUUUCGAGUCUUUGAUGAUGAAGAAUCAACCCCAUUGACGAACGAAUCCAUGGAAUAUCUCGACUACUGCAAUAUCACACCAAAAUCCAAAGAAACAAAGCAGUGUUCUCAGAUGGAGCUAUGAGUGAGGAGGAUGAAUUUGAGGAUGUGGGUCCUGCUGAUUUUGAUUACUUGAAGAAGCAUGUGAUGCAAUGCUAUCAUAAAGAUGAUGAGGGGGAGAUUUCUGGGGAUGCUAGAAAUAGAUCUGCUACUAAAACUAAGUUGAAUAGAGGGAUUUUGGAGGAGGAUUUGAAGAUUGAAUUGCUUAGAAGGCUCAAGAGUACUACUCAAGCUGAUGUUGAUCUAGGGUUUAGCCCAGGAAUAAUUCGGUGGUCUCAGGUGGUGGUUUUUCACUUGGAGAGAAAGCUCAGCAUGUGGUAUUUUUCUCACACAGUGGGAUAGUGCUUGCAGAUAUUGAAACCGAGGGCAUUUUCAUGCGUGCAAACGGGAUAAAGAAAGUUGUGGAGACAUCUGGAGGAAUAAAUCUUAGAGAGUUCACAUGGUGGCAUCCGAGGAAAACAAUGGUGAUGAUGAGAUGGCUAAUGGAAAACUUGAAAUUUCAUGCCAAGCAACCGGCAAUGAGAUAGAAACUUUUCUAAUAUUUGAUCGGUUUCUCUUACUAUAAAUGAAACAUGAGUAGAGUAAUUGUUCGAUGAAAUGCCUGAAAGAGAUGUCACCUAGGAGAGAGUGGUAAUUUUGUAAUUUUACACUACAAGGGUUUUUCUUUUAUCAUUAAAUAGAAUAUAAGCACUCUGAUUUUUUUGUUUUU